AUGGCGGCUGCAAUGCGACUUGCCGCUAAGUUCAACUCUUACUAUGCCGAGAAACCAAUCUUAACCACCAUGGUUACCAAUGCGAUACUUGGUGGGAUCGCAGAUACGGUCGCACAGUUAAUCACGGCUUUCAAGGCUCGUGGAGGACGCAGGCCCUCUGACAGUAACGAUCUUAUUUCAAUUGAGAUCCAUGACCUCGAUAAAGAGAAGCCGCCUGCUCUUGGAGAGCUGGGACAUGCUAGACAUAUGCCGCCGCCCUUCGACUUCGAGCGCCUGACUCGCUUUAUGUCGUACGGUUUCUUCAUGGCCCCGGUUCAGUUCCAUUGGUUCGGUUUCUUGUCCAGGGCGUUCCCCCUUACCAAGAGGAACCCGUCGAUUCCCGCGCUGAAGAGAGUGUGCGUGGAUCAGCUGAUGUUCGCUCCUUUUGGUCUGGCGUGCUUCUUCUCCUUCAUGACGGUUGCAGAGGGAGGAGGAAGGAGAGCCUUGACGCGCAAGUUCCAGGACGUCUAUCUGCCAACCCUCAAGGCCAACUUUGUCCUUUGGCCCGCUGUUCAGAUUCUGAACUUCCGUGUCGUACCUAUCCAGUUCCAGAUUCCCUUCGUGUCUUCCGUCGGAAUCGCCUGGACUGCGUAUCUGUCGCUGACCAACUCUUCGGAGGAGGAGUAA